AUGGCAUCAAAACGAGCGGCCGAGGCUGCAGCCGCCGUGUCGGCGCCUCCGACCUUGCCAAGGGUGCAGAUACCCGCUGAGCACCUGCAGAUCCUCUUACAGCGAUUCGAGUCGCUUCUGUCAUCCAUCGUCGGUCUCAAAGAAGAGAUCGCAGUGGUACCCGGCUUGGACGAGUGGCCGGCGCUGCUGCACCGAUACACCAACCUGCUCUCGCACGUCUACUCGCUCUCGUCAUCCCUCCUGUCGGCAUCUCCGCACUUUUUGCCAUCGCAGCUCGCGUCAUUCAACAAGGUGCUUGAAGCAGAAGCAGAGAACGCCAACCUGUAUGCUGAUGCAGCUGAGGCUUCUGCACUCUUUGGAGGCAUCAUGGGUGCGGCCAGCUCGAGCGGUGCGGCUGACGAUGGUGUCAAGGCUACAGCAGACGGCCUACCCGAGCUCAACUUUUACGAUCGCAACAACCCGUUGCCUCUUUUGUUAGCUCACCCCGUGCUGCCGAUUCCAGACGACAACAUCAACUUUCUUGGCGCGUUACUUCGCACAGCGCCAGAGGUCGAGAUCUUAAAGGAGGAAAGCGGCUUGAUCGACAGCUACGAUGCAUCUGCAGGCGUCGACGCGCAGAAAGAUAUCCACGCAGAGCUGGUCCACAUCCAGGACGAGAUCUCGCAGCACGACAUUUUGGCGCUUCGAGCUUUGCGCAUGUGGUACCAUCUUCGAAAUGCACCGGACGAGGAGGGCAACGUUCUCAAUGUUCGCGAACGACUUCCAGACCCAGACGACGGCGAGGACGAAGGGGACGACGCCAAGGAAGAGGAAGAGGACAGCGACGACGAUUCCGAGGAUGGCGCGGAAGCCAAGAGGGCACAGGCGGAACAGAGGCAAAGGCGAAGAGCAGAGCAGAGUUGCUGGAGCGCCGAUGCCGUUUCUGCGUUCCUCCGCGGUCACGCAACUAGCCUCUGA